UGCGUCAUAUUAAUUCUUUGUAUUUAUCAUGACAGCUAUACUCUACUCCGAGACACAGAACAUUUGCUAUGGAGGGUAGCAAAUGGCUAGCAGCAGUGGCUAGCAUAUGGAUUCAGUGCAGCAGCGGCGCAUCAUACACCUUCGGUAUCUACUCCCCUGUGCUCAAGUCCACCCAAGCUUACGAUCAAUCCACUCUCGAUACCGUCUCUGUCUUCAAAGAUAUCGGCGCUAACGCCGGAAUUCUCUCCGGCCUCCUUUAUACAGUUGUCGCCACCAAUCCCACCACCAGCCGCGGCCGCUUCUCAUUUCUCCACGGUGGUCCAUGGAUUGUCCAUCUGGCUGGGGCUCUCCAGUGCUUUGCCGGUUACUUCUACAUGUGGCUUGCCGUCACCGGAAUCAUACACAGGCCGCCUGUGGCUAUGAUGUCCCUGUUCAUGUUCAUCGCUGCUCAUGCUCAGACUUUUCUUAAUACUGCUAAUGUCGUUGCUGCCGUUCAAAACUUCCCUGACCACAGUGGCACUAUUGUUGGUAUCAUGAAGGGUUUUCUUGGCUUGAGUGGAGCAAUUCUAAUACAGGUGUAUCAAACCUUAUCCAAUGGCAACCCAAGCUCUCUAAUAUUGAUGCUUGCAUUACUGCCGACCAUAGUUACUCUGAUGCUCAUGUUUUUGGUGAGAGUCCAUCAGACACCUUCAAGAAAUGAGGAGAAACAUUUACAUGGCUUCUUAUUACUUUCUUUAGUUAUUGCUGCAUAUCUUCUGUUCUUAAGAAUCUUGGAGAAUGUCUUAGUCUUCCCACAAUGGGCAACGAUUAUUACAUUUUUGGUUCUCCUUGCUCUUCUCUGUUCUCCUGUUAGUGUCACAGUCAAGGCCCAAAGGGUUGAUCAAGAGAGGCUGCCGCCAUCAAUCACAUCUUCUACUUCUCUGUUGAUAGAUGAACCUGAAUUGGAGAGUCCUAAUAAAUUGGCUGUUGGAUAUCUUAGGGAUUAUGAUGAAGUGCCUACAGAGUCAGUCCAGCGUAAGGCUAGCUCUAUCUUGCAGCCUGAUGAACAAAAAAAUUUGUGGCAAGCCAUGUGCACCAUAGACUUUUGGUUUCUAUUUGUUGCUAUGAUAUGUGGGAUGGGAUCAGGACUAGCCACAAUAAAUAACAUUAGCCAGAUUGGGGAAUCACUUGGUUACACAACAUUGGCGAGAAGUACAUUAGUUUCUUUGUGGAGUAUAUGGAAUUUUCUUGGCCGUCUUGGAGCUGGAUAUGUAUCAGAUAUAUUUCUGCUCAGGAGAGGGUGGCCAAGACCAUCAUUCAUGGUCUUUACUCUAGCAGCAAUGACUGUUGGCCAUGUAAUUAUCGCUUCAGGUUUUCCCGGAAAUCUGUAUGUGGGUUCACUGCUAGUAGGCAUUUGCUAUGGCUCGCAGUGGUCAUUGAUGCCUACCAUUACUAAAGAGAUAUUUGGCGUGGUCCAUAUGGGUACAAUUUUCAACACAAUUUCCAUAGCCAGUCCUGUGGGAUCUUAUGUAUUAUCUGUCAGAGUAAUCGGCUAUAUUUAUGACAAAGAGGCAUCAGGAGAAGGAAAUUCGUGCUUUGGCACUCACUGCUUCAUGUUAUCUUAUUUCAUAUUAGCAUCUGUAAGUCUUUUUGGAGUUCUAGUUGCCUUGGCAUUGUUUUAUAGGACGAGAAGGUUCUAUUCUCGUGUGCUGUUAUGUUGAUCGCAAGUGCAAGACAUUGAAAGCAUCUUUUUUGUUUCCUAUUUGCUCGCAUAAAUACUGGCCAAGAUUUCUGUAUUUUUUUGUCAA